AUGUCCUCGGACAGUGACACGGAGUUGAUGCCUACAUUGGCGGAUGCCUAUCGCCUCGCCUUGGAUCACCUUCAAAUGCAGGGUCUUGAAGACCCUCCACCGGUUGAAACUCCCUCGGCACAAUUGCUGGUGCUCCUGGAUUUGAACGGAGUUCUGGUCCGACGCCCUCCACUGGCAAAACAACUUCAGCGUCCAGACCGGCAGGUCGUCGAGAUCAAAAUCCCACCGGGCGAUAUUGGUAUCAGUUUCUGGGCCUACACCCGUCCGGAUGAGGUGCGCAGGCUUGUCGAUUUUCUGACCGAGCAACCCAUACAUUGGGGGAUUUACUCCACGAUGACUCGCUGGAAUGCAUUGAAUGUUCUGCGCCGGGUGUUUCAAGAAGCUGACCGUCCAAUCAGGGAAGAAUCAUCGAGGAGCUACGCUCUACCCAGGCAAAGUCUGGAGUAUGGACAUCGUGGCAACAAGUGGUUUUGGUUCUUUACGCAGGAGGACCACCACGAAUAUGAUCCGAACAGCCCACCCUUUCCUGGACAUGAAGGGCUCUCAGCAUACACACCCGGGGUGAAUUCGGGUCACGGCCAGUCGCUGCUGACUGCAGGGGUCAUAAGCGAUGUCCAGGAAUAUCUAGACGCUCGAAGGUUUGAGUCUAGAGUCAGAGUGUGCCCCAUUCUCGUAGCUGCUGCACCGAAGAAAACCAAAUUGAUUCGGGGCCUCAACCUUCUGAUCGAAGACUACGAUGACCAGGCGGUCGAAACCGGCAAGAAGACUGGGCUAAAGAGGGUCGAGACUGCUGUGCGCACGGCCCUCAGGGACCUGAACGCCGUUGGGAGUCUGCUGGUUGAGGCAAACACAGCUUUCCUCUUCAGAAAGGGGCUGCGUGGGCUCACUGUUCCAGAGCACAUAAAGGACAAGAUUUUAGACUUCCUGGAUCCCCUUCCAAGUGCAGGAGACGAUUGA